AUGUCUUUAGUAGGGCGCCAAGAUGAUGUUGAGGUUCAGAGUGGAGACAGAGAUACUUUGGGGGACUCAGGUCUUCUAACAAAAAAAUUGGCUAGUGUCAUUGUUUCUCCGCCAUUACGAAGAGCAUUCAUGAAAGAUAAUGUAACCAUCCAUAGUAGGAGUGUAACUCGAUCUUUGUCCUUUGCGAAUGACGAGGAUGUUGACGAGGAGGAACAAGUCAUAGGCGCUCUGGCUGAUAUGCAAACAGAUGAAACACAGGAUGUAACGAUGCUGGAUCAAGAGGUUUAUGAUGAUGCUGAGGAUGAUCUCUUGGGCGAAGAAUUUAUGGAGUUGAGUGCCGAGGAGAGUAAAGGUGCAGAAGCUGGCGCAAAGAUGAAAACGGGAAAAGGCUGGGCAUUUGCGACAUGGUGCUAA